AUGUGUGAUGGAACUUCCGUGUCAGCAACAACAGCAGAGACACCACGUGGACGCCGCACAAGUAAACCUGUCAUCCACUACACACCAGAGGAGUCCUAUGCUGUCACUGCUAGUAGUACUAAUGAAACCAUGACCAAGGUGGAGGACAAAGCAGUGUCUGCUAUCACUUUGCCAGAGGCUCCCAUUGCUGUCAUCAAGGCUAACCCAACUUUGACGAAGGCCCAGCGGGCCAUCAAGAACAUGUGCGAUGGAACUUCGGUGUUGGCAACAACCACAGAGACACCCAGGGGACGCCGCACAAGUAAACCUGUCAUCCACUAUACACCAGAGGAGUCCUCCACCAGCACAGCCAGUACCAGUAGUACUAACGAAACCAUCACCAUUACCUCGCCAGAGCCUCCGAGACACCCCGUGGACGCCGUGAGAGCAAACCUGUCAUCCAAUAUACACCAGAGACCCCCCGUCCCAGCAGCCGGACUCACAGCAACAAGAAAAGCCAACAACAAGCGCCCGCACGAACACGUGACCAGGAAGACCCUCUACGGCAGCAACGACAACCAUAGCAAGAAAGUCAAAGUUGCCAAAAAAGCAACCAGUCGCGAGUGGGUCUACAAAGAGAACCAGCACCGCAAGAGUUUUGACAAGGCCGUUCGGAUCAUUGAGACAUCCAUUGACCCGACCAAGGUCCACGCCGCCGCACACGAGUGGUUGGCCGCCAAGGGAGUCCCGUUCGACGAAAACACCAUUCUGGCGUGUGACAAGGCAUUGACGACUCAUCAUGCCAAUGGCGCUCUUGGCAUCUUCCUACUCAACUCCAUGACCAACUUGGGCGUGGGACGUCGCGAGUAUUGCAAGUUGUUGCUGGAUUGUGGCUUUGUGGGCAUGAUUUCUCGAUUCCUACAAGACACCGCCCCUGACGAUGAUGCCGCCAUGGAAUGUGGCUUGCGCUGUCUUUCCACCAUUCUGGCAAGUUCCCAGCAGGAGCAAGCCGGUGGCAAUCUCUCUGAUGUCACCAUGGCCAUUGAACCCGUCUUGGAUGCUAUGAGUGAUGAUUCGUACCACGCCAACAUUACAACCUUGGCGUGCUUGGCGUUGUACAACCUACUCGUGGCCGACCCGACGGCCUGCGCCCGUGCCUUGGUAGAACAACAUUGGCUCAAGACGGCCUUGGAUGCUCUCUCCUCGGCGCUGUCCCUGCAUCCAUCCAGCUUGAUCGUCGCCAGCUCGGCGCUGGCAGCAUUGUCGCACAUCACCAUGGCGUUGGACGAAGAUCGUUUGCGUAAGGUGAUUGCGGUGGAAACCAACCUUAUUGAUCUGGCCAGUUCGACACUCUUGCAGUUUGGUGGAAUGACCGUGGCCGAUUGCGUGGAACAACUGCGACAAGAGCAAUCAGAUGUGGACCACACGUAUGUCCAAGAGGAUCGGGAUUGCCUCCUCAACAAUGGAUUUCGAGCCUUGUACAACAUCUCUCUGGUCAGCCAUCAUGGUCGCAAGCAAAUCUUGGAAGGAAGCUUCCACGGUCUCUUGGAAAUUGCACUAAUGGAGAAGACAAACGUAAACGUUCAGGAAGUCUUUUUUGCCCUGGUCCAUGCAAACGCGAUCAACGACCCGGACUCGGUCAUCUUGGAAGGAAGGACCGAAGGAAUCCUCGACAUUACUCUGCGGGCUUUGGAACUACACAAACAAGUCCCACUGGUCGUCGAUUGGGCAUUGGAAGUACUGGCGACUUGCUUCUCGGCACAGGUGGCGGCACGUGCAAGUGAGGAUGACGGCCAGUUCUUUCAACCGGUGAUGGAUCUUUUGGACUUGUACAUGACCAAGCUAGUUGCGGCGAACGAACCGGAGGAGAAGGAAGCUUGUCUCAAUGUAGUUUGCGCCGCCUUGAAGGCAGUGGAGACCCAAAUCAGGGCCUGUCCUAGCAACGCGGGUUUCUUGCUCGUCCGUGGGGGCAUCUUCAAGAUUUUCAAGGCACUGAAGGUAUCAGCCACCCCACCAUUAUUCUCCGUGGUUGCUGAGGCGACCGCAGCCAGCGUGGAUGCGCAAGAGCAUGCAUGCAAUUUGAUCUUGUCGCUGCUCGAUGGCAAUCAUGCUCUGGCUUCGUUGUUGUUGAAUCGUGCGGACAUGAUGAAGCACAUGACCAAGAUUGCCAAUUGCAAUAACAAAGUUGUCCAGCAGAAGUCUGAAGCGGUUCUCAAGGCCUUGUUUGAGAUGGACGGCAAAGUCCUGUAUCAGAAGGUUCUAGAGGCACACCAUGACCUGCGCCUGUUGGACAUAGACUCAAACCGAGCCCUGCAGCUUUUGGAGGAAUUGAAACAGUCCACCUCUAGAGGCUGUCCCUAA